AUGCCUGGACUUUUUACCAGCCGUCCAGUGGCAAAUGAUAGCAGCUCCGAGACUUGUUUUAAGAUGGCUCAAUACUGGCUCAAGACAUGCUUAGAGACCCACGAUUCUCUAUGCCAAAUCCAAGGCAGCUUACCAUUGCCAACUCGGGUACUUGAUGUUGGACUUUUAGCGAGUCCUUUCGUCAACCUCUCCAUCUCUCAUGGCCGGCAUGGGCAAUGGCUUACUUUAAGCCAUUGUUGGGGCAAGACUCAGCCUGCAGCUACCACGAAAAGUAAUCUCAACAAUCAUUGCACCGGAAUCAUAAUCUCUAAGCUCCCUCAAACUUUCCGAGAUGCUAUUCUUAUCACACGGAAACUUGGCUAUCAAUUUCUCUGGAUUGACUCCCUUUGCAUUGUGCACAAUUCUUUGACUGAUUGGCAAGAGGAGUCAGUCAAGAUGAAUACGAUAUACUCAAAUGCAGUCCUGAAUAAUUCGGCCGAUGCUGCUGCAGACUCCUUCCAAGGUAUCUUCUCCAGU